AUGCCAAGCCGUCACUUCAAUGAUACUAACGAAAAUGAUCUCUCAAUAUUUGCCUUUAUAGAAAAUCCGAGUGAUGACGAUGAUAUCGAUCCGAUAUUUGAUGACAUUGAAAAAAGUGAAUUUGUUAAAAAACACGAUGAGGAAAAUCAAUUCACAAAGAAACGAAAAAUUAAGGAAACACUCAAUUAUUAUCAAUCACUAAAAAAACAAGUGAUCGAGAAACCAAUCACACAAGAAGCAAUUCAUUUAGAAUUGGAUGAAGCACUUCUAGUUGAAACACCUACCACACCAGAAAUGACUUUUGAACAAGCCAUCAGUUCGGAAGUACCAACAGAUACACUCACUCAAUCCCUCACAAAGGAAACAACCAAAAUUCCAAAGAGUGCAACAUCCAAAUUGGAUCAAGCUCUUGCUAAAAUUAAUGAAAAAAGGAAAACAACAAUUUCUCAAAGCAAAGAAGAUUGGAAACAAUUCAAAAAGCAAGAAGGAAUUGAACAUGAAUUACAACAAUAUAGAAAAGAUGGUUACUUGGAAAAACAAGCAUUCUUAGAACGAACAGAAAUGAGAGAAUUUGAAAUUGGAAAGGACUUGAGAAAUUUGGAACGACAAAGGAAGGAGCAACAACAACGUAAAUAA